AUGCAUCUCACCGUAAACACACGUCUAAAUUCCUUUCUCCGAGAAUACUCCACUCCAGCCCUCGAAAGCGAAAACCCAUUCGCAGAAUCCGAAGACGACGAAGAAGACGGAGAAGACGAAGAUCAUCCUCUCACGAUCGCCCGAAAACACCUCACCACCUCACCAAUCGACAUCGAAAUCUCCGAGCCCUCCGAAGCUUGCUGCCAAACCCCAACCGCAUCCUACACGCCAAAAGGCACCUACAAAACCCUCGCGCCCAACACCAAAACUUACAUCGUCGGCCCCCCCACCGCGAAAAAAGCCAUCUUCUUCCUCUCUGAUGUCUUCGGUGAGAAAAUUCCUACGGUGCAAGGCGCGGAUAUGCUUGCUUCGAGGGGGGAUUAUUUAGUUUGCAUGCCCGUGACAACAACAGACGAAGAAGGAGAUGUGUCGAGAGUGGAGGGAAAUUUUGAGGCUUUGAAGAGAGAAUUUCCGUGCGUGGAGAGGUGGGCGAGGAUUGGAGGUGGUGAGGACACAUGUACGAGUGGGAUUGGGGAGGAUUGUAGGAGUCGGGGUUGGAAAAUAAUUGGGAUUCAUCAGAGUUCUGCGGCGGAUGCGAAGAUUCCGAUUCCGAUUCCUAUGUUGGUGUUUGGUGACGAGCCGGCGGAUGAGAUGAACGGUUUUGGAGAGGAGGUGCGAAGUGGGGAGAAGAAGGUUGACGGUGCUAGGGGGGAUUUAGAGGAGGAGGAGGAGGAGGAGGAGAGGGAGAGGGAGUAUGAGAAGGAGUAUCAGGCUGUAUUGGAGAUUUUGAAGAAGCAUUUAUAAUAGAGGCUUUUGUCCUGUCCAGAGCUUGCGUAGGGGGUUGUUGUAAUGAGUAGGAGGAGUAAUAGUUACAAGAGCAUGGCGAAAUAGAACUCGACGUCG